AUGUUGUCCCCUUGUUUGGUGUUUUGGUUACAUAAUAAGAUGGGCUUGUUUCAUGUUUUGUUUUUGUUAUUUGUUGCCUGCGAAGGAAAGGUGAAGAAUGUAUCUGUGAAGGCUGUUUUUACUUUUGGAGAUUCCAUUGUCGAUCAAGGAAAUAAUAAUCACAUAAUAACAUUUGCUAAAUGUAAUUUUGAGCCAUAUGGGAAGGACUUCAUGGAUGGAAAUAAACCUACUGGAAGGUUUAGCAAUGCCAAGACUCCCUCCGACUUGAUAGUAGACGAACUCGGGAUUAAAGAACUAAUGCCAGCUUAUCUUGACCCUAAUUUGCAAGCUGAAGAUCUUAAAACUGGAGUAAGCUUUGCAUCAGGAGGUUGUGGAUUUGAUCCUCAAACAGCUAUUAUUGCGGCAGCCUUACCUCUAUCAACACAAUUAGAUCAUUUUAGAGAAUACAUUGGGAAGCUUAAGGAAUUGGUUGGAGAAGAGGAAGCGAACGACAUAUUGAGCAAUAGUUUGUUCUUAGUGGUAGCCGGCAGUGAUGACCUCGCCAACACCUAUUUCACCAUUGGAAUUCGUCGGUUGCAGUAUGAUCUUAACGCAUAUACUAAUCUUAUAGUGGAUGGAGCUUCCGACUUUGUCCAAGGAUUGUACAAGUUGGGAGCAAAAAAUAUAGCUGUUUUUGGGAUUCCACCCAUAGGGUGUUUGCCAGCCCAAAGAACACUUGCUGGAGGUUUAACUAGAGAGUGUGCUACGGAAUACAAUCAAGCAGCACAAAUAGCCAACACUAAGCUCUCAGCUGCAAUUAAUUGGUUAUCCAAAACAUUGCUUCAAUCCAAGUUGGCUUUAAUUGAUCUUUACAAUCCAGUGCUUGAUCUCAUUGGCAACCCUCAAAAACAUGGAUUUGAAGUAGUAGAUAAAGGAUGUUGUGGUACGGGAACCAUAGAGGCGGUGAUACUAUGUAACAAAUACAGUGGAACAUGUGAAGAUGACACAAAAUAUUUGUUCUGGGAUAGCUACCAUCCUACGGAGAGAGGUUACAGGAUCCUUGUUGAUCAGUUUCUCAAAAAGUAUAUUGACAUUCUUACAUAAACAUGAAUACAAUCAAGAUCAGCUAGGAUUUGCUCUCUGUAAUUUACAAACAUCGCAAGCAAGGUCGAAACAACGGCAUAUUUCGUCCAAUCUUCCUUCAUCUCUAGGCUUUGAUUGAUAGAGCUCUAU